AUGCCACCAUAUUUUUUGGGGGGGCAGCCGUUUGCAGAUGGCUAUAUAACUCACAAGAACGCCAGCAAUAUUACCAUUUGCCCAUUUGGAGUUCAGUGGAUUUGGACAGUGCUGGGUGAUUGUGUGAGCUCCCCACAAGAACAGGCGUCUGCUUACCUGGGCCUCAUCUCCCUGGCCAUAUGGAUGAUGGUCAGUUUACCGCAGGUGAUAAAGAACUUCAGAAACAUUGAUGGUCUCGCUGGCAUUUCCGUCCUAUUGCUGCUGCAGUGGGCUGGCGGAGAUAUUACUAAUUUGACGGGUGCCAUUUUGACCAGCCAGCUCAAGCUUCAGAUCUAUCUGGCCAGUUAUUUUGUCCUCACAGACGUAGUUUUGAUGACUCAGUACUGUGUUUUUAUUCUGCGGAGAAAUCGGAAAAAGAAAGAGGAACGUAGAGCUGCAGCAGACCCAACCCCUCGACUGAUCCUGUGUUUGUUGGGCUUUGCUGUCUUCUCUCAUGGAAUCUGCAGUCAGGUGGCUCCACUUCCCUUUCUAGAAGCAUCUGUUCUAAAAAGUAACAAUCUCCGAGGUGAACGGCCAGUCUUGAGAUCACUACUUUCGAUUGGAGAAGACAAAAUGUCUUUACUCUAUGCUUCAGAAGAAUCAGAUUCCAAUCGUCUGCAGACCUUUGACAAGGUGACCUUGGGUACCCAAGGAGACACAGGAUCUGUAUUUUGGCAUGAUAAAAUGAGCAUUGCUGGUUACAUUAUUGGAAUCAUGUCCUCUGUCUUCUACCUUGGCUCCCGACUGGCACAGAUUUAUAAAAAUAGAAAAUUACAGUCUACACAAGGCUUGGCAGUGACAACGUUUAUGCUGGCGGUCAUCGGAAACAUCACGUACGCUGCUCAGAUCCUGGUCCGAGACGUCAGCACCGAGUUCCUCCUGGAGAAGACACCAUGGCUGGUGGGCAGUUUAGGUAUUGUUGGCUUGGACUGUACACUGCUGUUCCAAUUUCACUAUUACAGCCGCAGACAUCGGGACCUGGGAGAUAUAAGCAGAGCUCUGCUUAAUAAAGAAUAUGUCAUCAAUGCUGACGAGGGAUAUACAAAUGAAUUUAUAUACUGA